AUGAGUGGUCUCGACCUCCUUGCGAGGUACCUUCGAGAUGGGUUGUUCGAUGAUGCCGACUUUGCGAACUCUUUCGUUCAAGACCAGGAAUCUGACAGCAACUGGACGUUGCGUCGGUCUUAUAGCGCCCAGGGACAUGCCAUCAGAGAGCAUUUCAACAUUCAACUAUUUGACCAGGACGAUAUUCCACUCGUAAAAUGCAGCCUCAAGCUGUUCAUACAAAGCCUUGAUGCUCCUCAGGAUGAUACAAGGGAGAAAAUCUUUAAGCCACGGAGUUGGUUUGGUCCUGACUUGGAUAUCGAAGUGAUUGAACAGCAGGUUGACUCACAACAUCGGCCAACCACAACCCCCCUCCUACCGGCCUCAACAUCGACAAAUUCGGUGUCACAAAGUUUAACCGAAGAAUCUGUAUUGCCAUCCAUUAUACCAGGACCCGAGCCCGCCACAAAAACCCUCACCGGGAAAGUGGCCAUCAAAAAGGACCGCAGUCUGGAGCAUCGCAUGCUCACGACAGCCAAGGCUUUCGUCAGAGGCAUCCAAAUUCUUGUCAGUAAGCCUCAAGGAAAUCAAGCCAAAAGAUUAAGAACCAUCCGAAAAUGUUUCGACACGUCUGCAAGAAAUGAGCACCCUAUCGAAACUGGCCAGCUCAUGCUUCUAUGGAUGCGAUUGAAGAGUGAUAAAACGCCAAUAGGCCAAAUAUGCGACAGAACGACUUCUAAAACUAAGGACUUGGAACUGAGCGUGGCUUCUAUAAAAAAUGUGGGAAACUAUAUAGCGGGUAUAACGGAACUUGAGAACGCGCGGAAGGCCAGAGACAACGGAUCCAAAUAUCUUUGUGGUCGUGCCCUUGACAGAAUCUUAAAAGUGAUUUCAAGAUUAAUUGAAUACUAUGGGACUGUGGCGAUUACCGUAUUCACUUUCCUAGAAGUUGGAGGCUUUGGUGUAGCCCGGCUUGGGAAUACUGCCAUUAAAGGCGCGGAUAACGAAAGGUAUUUUUACGAUGGACUUGUCGCCCUGAUUGAUUUGUCAUUGAGGAGGUUCGUUGCUACAGCCAGAGAAACUGAAGCCGAUGCCAUUCCAGAUUCCAUUCCAGUGCUAAACCCAGUAGCCUUUCACUGGUGGUAUGAAGGAGAAAAGGGCUGUUAUGAGGAUCUGUGCCAGAACUUAAGGCUUCCUGCUUUCGCAAACGCCACUCCAAACACCUACACUGAGAGACCUCCUAGCAUGAUACUCGACGUUUGCGAGCCUGGGAGCAACUCGCCAGAUAAGUCGACGGAUUUUAUCCUGCAAAAUGCCCAGAGGCUUGCGAAGUACAUGUCUUGCAAAGACGAGGAAACAUACCUAAAGAGCUUCGAAGGAGAUAAAGAGAAGCAUGAUAUGGCAAAGCUCGCCUCAAGAAUAUUAAAUGGAACAUCAUCGCAAGAAGAGCUCUUGACGGCUCCGACGGACGUGGUCUACAUGAUAGUGGAAAUGUUGUUGCUAGACAGCCGGUCAAAGCAAGGGGUCAAGAGAAAGCGAGCAUCUGGAAAUGAACAGGACAAGAGAUCUGAUGGCUCAAGGUUUCACCAUGACUUGCGGCAGCCAGUGUCGCCAGUUGAUCUGCUUGACCAGAACACCAGAGGCCAGGCUGCACCGCUGACCGGGGGUAUGGAUAUUUCUCAAGGGCUUCCGCCCCUUGAUCAGCAAUUUCCUCCUGGUUUCUUCGAUAUCGAUUUCGAAGGCAUGGAUGCAAAUGAUCGUCUUCCGCAAUUCGACUCGCAACUUGCUCUCGAUUGGGCGAACCUCAUGGAUAUGGAUUCCGUUGGAACUGGUCUAUCACUAUUUGGAGCGCAAGGUUCCUCCAGUGGUGACGUCUUCCUGGAAGUCUAG